CAUAGCACUGAGUGCAGAUUAUUCAUUCUGCGUUCAUGUCUUAUUAAUGAUUCUAGUUAGGAAGUGACCGGGGCACUCUUAAUCUGUAGUCUCUUCCGCCGUUAGUGACCUACAUCUAAAAUUAGUUCUUGACCGAACAGUUUUUUUCAAUUCAGAACGGGGAACAUGACUUUCUUCAGAUCAAAAUGGUUCUUUGUGGCUGCAAGGUGUAUCAUCCUGUGUGCUUUGCUGUUCGUUUGCAUUGUGUUUGUGAGGAAAGACUUCAAACCCUCGACAGCGUCUUCAAAAUCUGCUUUUGUUAUUGCGAAACCAACCUUCUGGAAAUACAGAUCCAACAAGAUCCAAACUGAAACCGUCAAACCCCCGAAACCGACUUUUAAAUGCGUUUCAAACGUGAGCGAUGCAGAAAUACCUAAAGACUAUCCAGAACUGCAUCGUUUGUUCCUAAAAUAUAAGAGCUGCCGGACAUUCCCAACCCUCCUAGAGCCCAAGAGAUGUGAUGGGGACCUCCACUUGCUGCUGGCUGUUAAGUCCACUGCUAUCAAUGUAGACAGAAGAGCCGCCAUAAGAAGCACCUGGGGCAAAGAGGGGCUCAUCAAAGGGAAGAAAACCAAGCUGGUGUUUCUUCUGGGCCAGUCCGAGGACAGGGUUAAAUCCCAGCCCCUUCAACAGCUCCUGGCCUAUGAAAACAGAGAGUUUGGGGACAUACUUCAGUGGGGCUUUGUGGACAACUUCUUCAAUCUGACCCUUAAAGAAGUCAAUUUCCUGUCCUGGUUCACCAGGAAGUGCAGUAGCGCUGAAUUUGUCUUCAAGGGGGACGACGAUGUCUUUGUGAACACAGGCAACAUAGUGGAGUACCUCAGUGAUUUCAGUCCCAAGGAAAAUCUUUUCGUGGGAGACGUCCUUCUUAAUGCUCGCCCCAUCAGGGACACGAAAGUGAAGUACUUCAUUCCGCAGAAGAUGUACAGCCAGAAACUCUACCCGCCCUACGCUGGUGGCGGAGGCUACGUGAUGUCUCGAGAGACGGUGAUUGGGUUGGAAGACACAGCACAGGAAAUCGAUCUUUUCCCAAUCGAUGACGUCUACAUGGGAAUGUGCCUUAAGAAAAUGAAUGUGACGUUAUCCGUUCAUCCGGGGUUCAAGACCUUCGGGAUCCCGCAUCCAAUCAACCCCUUCGAUCCGUGCAUUUACAAAGAGCUCAUGAUAGUGCACAAACUGAACCCCACGGAGAUGUGGAUCAUGUGGGCUUUAGUGAACGACCACAGCAUGAAAUGCUCUAGGUCUCCAAAGUGAAUUGGAGCCUUGUAAUGUCCAAAUUGUUCCUGUGCAACGGGUUCUACUGUUGUCGUUUUUACUUCAGCCUGAAAGCAAGAUUAACCCCUUUCUAUCCUCCUCUUCAGAGACUUCUCAUCAGGGAGGGAAAUGACAAUCCUGUUUAUGCUCUUCAUUGAGUUUCAAAUAAAGCAGAACACCUAGGUAGUGUUUUUGAAGACCAUAAAUGUGCCAAUCAAACCGGCAUGAAAGACUCCUAUAUAUUUAAAGAUGCAGUGUCCCACAGUUCUGUUUAAUUCUACACUUAAGUGUGUUUCUGUAUAGGCUACUUAUAAUAAUGUUGUACACAAAAUACCUGUUAAGCUAAUAUUUUCAUCAGAAGCCUCCUGGGGUGAUAACCUUCAUAAUACAAAAUUGUUAAAGAAUAAUAAGUGUAAUGGGCACUGCACCAUUAGGCCCAUCUGUCUUUAGUGUAUACUGUGAAGAAUAACAGUGACGUCCCUAGUAAUAGCUCUACUGGAAUGCAGGGUGAGUCAGACCAGUGUGAUGUGAGUCAUGGUUCGAAUCCUGUUCACACCAGGAUGCUUUCCUUAUGCACUGAUUGUCUUACUCUCAAAGCCUUCUCCGAGACCUUUCCCAUUACAGUGUGGUGUAUGCUCCAACACAAAUCUUUGACCUAUGAAUGUAUGUAGUCUGGGAUUAUGGGCUCCCUCGCAAUGCAUGUGCACUGGUUUCUUAAUGGGACCAGUAUGAAGUGUAACGCUGCAUCUCAGUGAUCAAUGGAAUAGACCUCGACUUCUAAUUCAAGACUAAUGCCUAAUAAGAACCAGGGGUCAAAACUCACCUUUUACAUCUGGCAGGAAUGAACCGUAGUCCGUAUGGUGGAAGGUAUUCUUGUUAUUCCAGAGAUAUAGAAUGGCUAUUUUAUGUGUGCUUUACCUUUUUAUUUGUAUGUUUCCCAUGAAUGGGACACAAUAGUGCAAAGGUUUUCUUUCUGUGUUCUUGCAUUGUGUAGGGAUGUUAUUGACAGUGUCUGCUUGUGUGAUCUCAGGGAGGUUCCCAGGGAGAAUGGACCUGUAAUACAGACAAUAUUCUUGUGAGUUUUCUGGCUAGUCACUGGGUACUUGAUCAUGUAUUUAAUUGUUUUUUUUCAUAUCAAUGUUUAAAAUUUGUUACAAAAUAAAAAUACUAUAGUUUGAUCAUUUAA